CUGAAUGUGUGUCAGUUUGGCAAAUAUGUUCGUCCACUAUCUGUUACAGCAAACGCUAUAUAACGUCAUAUGCAUCCAUCAUUUGUAGUUGUAAACAAGGCGAUUUAUUCAGGACUUACACAUAUCAUCAUUCAAAGAGCAAACAAAAUGAUUCCCACUCUUGCUAAUCUCCACCAAGGAGUAUUAAUGGGUAGCUGAUCUGUGAGGCCGAUGUCUCGUGGCUGCAUACUGCGCAAAAUUAUAUAUAUAGUACGGCAGUGUGACAUGAGUGUCAAAGAACGCACAAUGCUGCCCGCAAUUAUUCUUCUUCUUGCAUAUAACUUUUGUUGUACGCAUGCCUAUACGUUCCUUCCCGAUCAAAUGGACGGUACUGACUUGCUGCUAGAACUACUGAAGCGAAUGGAUGCAAAGGACAAAGAAAUUAAUGAGCUACGUGGAAGCAUAAAAACUGCGAUGACGCAGAUUGAUACACAGGAUCUCACUAUUGACGAACUUCGAAAGAAAGUAUUCGAACACGAACAUGCGAUCAGUGUGAUGGAGCAAAAUCAGAAACGACAGGAUGCAAACGUCAACAAACUUAAUAAGGUUGUGAAAUACAUGCAAGUAGAAAAUGUACAAUUACGGAAAUUGUAUUCGAAAUGCGGCAGAAAAAUCCAGACGUUACAUCUUCUCAUUAAGAAUGGUAUAAAGAAAACUAAAACGUCGCCAACAUUGAGUCAAGAAGAAACAGCAAACUACAUAAAAGACGAUAAAAAUGCUAUUAAUGAUAAAGUGGAAAUAAGAUCUAACAAAUUCGAAUCAUCCAUAACCGCAACCCAUGACGGUGGUAUCGCCAUUGGAAAGACACACAAGGGACGUGAUGUGAAUUCUCAAGCUGAUGUUAAACGCCAUGCUGGAACAGAUUUGGUUGCUUUCUUCGCUACACUGACCAACCACGCCACGAAUCUUAGUGUUGGCCAAAAUCUAAAGUUUGAUAACAUCAUUACCAAUGUCGGCUCGGCAUAUAAUCAGCACGUCGGAGCAUUCCACGCCCCAGUUUCCGGUGUGUAUGUGUUCAUGUCAACAUUGAUGUCAUACGACGGACAAAGUGGCCAUUUUCAACUUGUUCGCAAUGGAAAUAUUGUUUGCUUUAUGUUUGUUGCUGGAUCUAGUGGUGUAUUUUCAGAUACAAGUGGUAGUAGCUACGUCCUGUAUCUUAACAAAGGUGACGUGAUCACCAUACAGAACAUGCAAUCUGGUAAGGGCGUUCUAGGGACUCGUUUCUCUUUCUUCUCAGGAUUUUUGUUAAAAGAAAUAGAGCAAGAUCCUUCGAUUGUUGGGUAAUGUUGAUGAUACUGUUGAUGUGAAACAAGUAUUACAUUAAGAUAAUUAAAUCACCAAAACAUGACUUAAUUAAUUCGUUAAAUCUAUUUAACUAAUUGAAUAGAGGUUUUCUCUCUA